AUGUUGUCCUUCAAACGGGCCCUCAUUUUCGCCGUCUUCUUCCUGACAGCCUUCGUAAUACUGCGACGAUCCCACGGCACCACGUCCGACGACGAGCAAAUAAUACCUGUUCCUGCCAGAAAAGACUCGGAUGCUUCACCGCACAAGAACCCCAAGGGUAGUGGCGCGUCUUCCUCCCUCGAUCGCGCCUCCGCCGCGGCCCAGCAAGACAUCGACCAUGUCCCCGCCCAGAAAGCGCUGAAAGACACUUCCAAGAUGUCCUUGUACGACAAGCUGGCCUAUCAAUACCCUUACGACCUCGAGAGCAAGUUCCCGGCAUACAUAUGGCAGACGUGGAAGUGGACACCUGCCAACAAGGAAUUCAGGUUUCGCGAGCAAGAGGCUUCGUGGACAGAGCACCAUCCAGGCUUCGUCCAUGAGGUCAUCACCGAUCAGGCCGCGCCGCAUCUCCUGCGUGUGCUGUACGCCGCCGUGCCCGAGGUUUUGGAAGCAUACCACGCGCUGCCAAAACCGGUUCUCAAGGCUGAUUUCUUCCGCUACUUGAUCUUGUUCGCAAGAGGAGGCAUUUACUCAGACAUCGACACAAGCGCCCUGAAAAGUGCCCUCGAUUGGAUACCAGACUCGGUGCCCAAAAAAAGCAUUGGUUUGGUCGUUGGAAUCGAGGCCGACCCCGAUCGCCCCGACUGGGCAGACUGGUACAGCAGGCGCAUACAGUUUUGUCAGUGGACUAUUCAGUCCAAGCCGGGCCAUCCAGUGCUACGGGAUCUCAUCACGAAAAUCACCAAGGAGACGCUCAAGAGGAAGGAAGAGGGUGUGUUCAUUUCCAAGGAGAAGAGUAUCGUUGAGUUCACUGGGCCGGCUAUUUGGACCGACACGAUAUUCGACUAUUUCAACGACGGUCGCUUCUUCGACAUGAGCCAUAGCAUGGGCAACAUUUCGUGGGCAAACUUCACCGGCAUGGAGACACCAAAGAGGGUAGGCGACGUUGUGGUUCUUCCAAUUACGAGCUUCUCCCCGGGUGUGCAACAGAUGGGCGCCAAGGACAUUAAUGAUCCCAUGGCUUUUGUCCAUCACAAAUUCGAAGGAACUUGGAAGCCUGAAAAUGAACGCCAUAUCGGCGAAAGCUAG